CGCAGCCUCUGAUGCGCAACAAGCGGCGACGCGACCAUAUGCGCGACAAUCCUCGUCCAGCCCUGCACGAUCUCCACCAUCGGUUUUUCCGAGCAGCCCCCGCCGGCUCACGAUGUCGCAGCGCGAUCCGACAUACGCGAUGUACCACACGAACAAAGCGCCGUCACUGAGCAAGCUUCUUCACCCGCGGACGACCUUCGAUGCCGACGGCCAGACCUCCCCGCCGCAGAUGCGGGACCCGGUGACGCGGGACCUGCUGCUCGUGAACCAGAC